AAUGCAAUCCUGGCCCACUCUUCCUCAAGCUUCAAUUUGUCACUGGCGCCUGGAGGGUUAAGACCAGCGAGUUCCUGGGAGGCCUUGGCUGGAGCGGCGAAGCGGAAGUCGCGUGGCUGUGCGGGCGUGAGUGUUCCGGGGUAGGCCGACUUCCUGUCUGCUGCCUUCUUCCGGAAGUUGUGUAAUCCAGGAAGUGCCAUUUCUUGUGGAGGGGUUUCAGGGCCUUUGAUUCUGGUCUUCCAAAACGUGAAUUCUCUUAUUGUGCCCCCAUCUUGUCCGUGAACCCUUCCAUGCAGAGAAAUCCACUAGGGAUGAAAAUGGAGGAGCCACGCCAAGUCGACCCCAAACCCACAGAAGGAUUGGAAGGGGCCAGAAAGUCUCCACUUGCCGUUGAGAGGAACUGCAUCCGUGAAUUCCUCCAAAAGAUGCCGGCGCCGCAGAUCAAAGAGGAGGCCGACGAAGGUCUCAUUCAGCGCUGGGAGGUCCAGUGGCAGGACUUCCUGAAGGAAGUGGAGUCUCCUUGCUCAGGCUGGGGGCUCCCGCCAUUGCCAGAGGAGCCUGCCCCAUGGGACGAUGCCAAGGCCUUCCUGGCCUCCUUUGAGCAGGUGGCCGAGGCCUGCCAGUGGCCCAGGGAGGAGUGGGUCACCCGGCUCCUGCCGGCACUCCGUGGAGAAGCGCAGCAGGCCUUCAACCGGCUGGAAGCUCGAGACAGAAAGGAUUAUGGGAGAGUGAAGGUGGCCAUCUUGCGAGGGGCUGCCCUCAACAGGGAGAAGAGGCGCCAGCACUUCAGGCACUUCUGUUACCAGGAGGCCGAGGGGCCCAGGGGGGCUUAUGGUCGGCUCCAGGAUCUUUGCCACCGGUGGCUGAAGGUGGAGAAGCACACAAAAGAGCAGAUCUUGGAGCUGCUGAUCCUGGAGCAGUUCCUGACCGUCCUGCCUCUGGAGAUCCAGAGCUGGGUCAGGGAACGAGGCCCCGAGACCUGUGCCCAGGCAGUGACCCUGGCCGAGAACUUCCUCCAGGUCCAGAGAGAGGUACAGCGACAGAAAACUCAGGUCACACCAGCCUUUGAGGAAGUGGCUUUGAGAUUCUGUGAUCCCGAAGCUGCUCCAUCCGCCCCAACUGGACACAGGCAGCUAACCAAGGAGACCAAGCAAGAGGAGGACAGUGGCGAGGCCAUCUUGAUGGGUGCUAAAGGGUGGAUGACUAUAGCUGAAGGAGAAGAAUUUCCACCAGAAGCUUCUGAGCAAUUGGCACCCCACGGGCCGAGUGUUUGGCGCUCAGCAGAGAAUGCCCCUCAGUUUUGUGAGCAGAGAACCAUUCUAGGGAGUCACCUCGAGCUCAGCUCAGGGCAAGAAGUAGAUCUUUCUGUCCCAUUGGGGGGACCCUUCCAGGACUUGAAGGAAGAUGUGUUCCAGCGGAGGAUGCACCCUGGUAAGAGACCAAAUAUCUACGGUGUGCUUAGGAAAAAGUUUGGUCAGAGCCCGAGCCUCAUUAAACAUGAAAGCGUCUACUCAGGAGAAAAGCCCUUCAAAUGCUUGGACUGUGGGAAACGGUUCAGUCAGAAAUUCCAGCUCAUUGGGCACCAUAAAAGGUGCGAAAGCGAGAGGCCCCACAAGUGCCCCACUUGCGGGAAGCGCUUCUCCCGCAACUCCUACCUUAAUACUCACCAGAGAAUCCACACUGGGGAAAGGCCCUACGAGUGCCUGCGCUGCGGGAAAAGCUUCAGCCAGAAAGCUAACCUUAACACGCACCGCAGAAUCCACACGGGGGAGAGGCCGCACGAGUGUCCCGUGUGCGGGAAGAGGUUCUCUCGUAACACGUGCCUUAACAGACACCAAAGAAUCCAUACGGCACGCUAACCAUACGGAGGCUUGGACGAUGGUAGUGGUGGAGGAGCUGCUUCUUGUAGAAAAUCAGUAUUGCCCUUAAUUCAUGCCCACCAAUUCCCUUUAGUCAGAAAUGUCAUGUUUUUAGGCACUGUAGAAUGCAGGAGCAUUCUGUCACUAACACAAUAAAGAAUGUCCUCCAUUCCUUCCA